UCAGUCUAUUGUAUGGUGAAACGCGUGCCAUUGUAAACGUAGAUAUAUCACGUAAUAUUGUGGGAUUAAUCCGCGUUUUCGGAAAAAAUGAAGAGAUCGCCAUUGAACAAUUCUGCUCAUGGUAGCCGACCGUACGGUGCCAGGCACACGCCGUACAUGAAUUGGAAGUCUCACGAGAACGCAUGUGGUAGAGGUUAUCAGUUCGUGGAUGGUAACAGCUAUCCGCGUUUCUACGCAAGUAAUACAGGAUCGCAGUCCCACGAUGGCGAUUUUAUUCCUCUGAACGUCAGCACACCGCUGACGCAGUACGACAAGUAUAAUACAGCUAAUCGGUACAGCCCUUUCGGUGGACGCGGCAGUCCAAGCAGUGGAUGGUGUAACAAUUAUAGGGGUAACUAUCACGCCACGCCAAGAUCGAACAAGAGAAACCCUGCCUACAAGCAUUCUCCUAAACAGUUUCAAGGGCAGAUAAGAAAGGACUACAAAGGAGCGCACAGGCAGGUGAAUAUAUCAGCGUAUGUAGACAUGAAUUCCUUUUUGGAAGAUCCCUGGAGAGAUCUAAUAAAAAAAUUGGACGACUCAAAAGAUAUAAGAAGUAAAAGUAAAGGACCUGAGAGUGAAUCUCUGUCUAGUUCAAAACUGGUUGAUACUGAUUUGUUAGACAAAUCUAAAAGCCAACUUUCAAAGGAUAUGAACUUGGGCGAUUCACGGUGCAGUCAAGAGAAUAGAAAUGAAUGUUCUGAAGAUACAACCUUUGAGACAAAUACAAGUUUUAGUCAAAUAUCAAAAAUCAACAGUUUGAUAGAGUCAGAAACUGGAGAUGUCUGCUUCAGUCAAGAUUCUUUAAACAAAAAUAGUGUCAGCGACACGAUUUAUGGAGCUAUACAAGAGAAUAGUCUUCAUUCGAAUGCAUCAUUGACAAAUAUUGAACAGAAAACUGUAUAACAAAGAAUCAGUGUGUUAUAAGAAAAUGCAUUACAGUACAUA